AUGUUCCCGUUCAUAGUGCACCGCUGCGUCACAUACAUACGUGCACAUGUACAUCUCUUCUCCCUCCAUCAUUCACUUGCCACCCUCCUGCCUUCAGGUUUGAUGCCAUCGCGACUGUGGCAUCGCAACGCCGCCUGCUCGCUCAGCCACCACCACCACUUCAGACGCUCAGCGAGGUGGACGGCACGCCCUACACCUCCCCUUACACCUGCACCCUGCUCCCACGCCCAUUCACAUACAUGUAUACAUGUCCCGGGCACAUCUGCUCGACUUCUGACGACUCUUGCCAUCGAAACGUCCUGCGAUGACACUGCAGUGGCAGUUGCCGAACAGGCGCUCUCGGGCCAGUUGAAAGUGCACUUUCAUGAGAAAAUCACGGCCAACAAUGAUGCGUACAAUGGCAUACACCCUCUGGUCGCGUUGCAGUCCCAUCAGUCCAACCUCGCCUCUCUCGUCCAAAAAGCCCUCGGCUGCUCUCCUCGCCCUGACUUUGUGGCUGCCACGCGAGGACCCGGGAUGCGCAGCAAUCUUUCCGUUGGACUGGACACUGCCAAAGGCCUUGCAUUAGGUUUGGAUGUGCCCUUCCUGGGCAUACAUCAUAUGCAAGCUCACGCAUUGACACCGAGGCUGGUCACUGCUAUGCUCGACAGCAAACGAUCUAAUGCUGCAAUUGAACCGCAGUAUCCUUUCCUGACUGUCUUAGCGAGCGGAGGCCACACCAUGCUCUUGAGCUCGAUCGGUCUCACAGAACACGCAAUCCUGGCAGAGACGCAGGACAUCGCUCUUGGAGACUACCUGGACAAAGCUGCUCGGGCCAUCGUGCCUCAAGCAUCGCUGGAGACUCCCUACGGCAAAGCGUUGGAAGAUUUUGCAUUUCCACACGGUUCAAGAGACUACAGAUACACGCCACCCGCGCGCAGACAGAACGAGCUACAGGCUCGAAAGAGUACAUGGGGCUGGGCUCUCCGACCACCUUUUGCAGAAAGUAAGGGUGGCGAGAAAACGUCAAGACGUAUGGCCUUCUCCUUUGCGGGACUUCUUUCAUCGGUUGAACGCUUUCUGGCACGCAGCAUAGAUGCCAAUGGCCGCCUCACGGACGAAUUGCGGGAAGCUGAAGAUGUCAGUCUAGAAGAACGUCGCGAUCUGGCUCACGAGACUCAGAGGCUGGCGUUUGAACAUCUUGCGUCCCGGAUUCUACUUUACUUGUCUAAUGUGGACGCCACCAAGGUCAGCACGGUAGUCGUCUCUGGUGGAGUAGCGUCUAAUCUGUUCUUGCGACAUGUUCUACGGGCUAUGCUCGACGCUCGUGGCUUCACUUACAUAGACUGUGCCUUUCCCCCCAUCGCCCUGUGCACCGACAAUGCUCUAAUGAUUGCAUGGGCAGCCUUGGAGAUGUGGCAUGCUGGCUAUCGCUCCAGUCUCGAUAUCCAACCCAUUCGCAAAUGGAGUAUGGACUCGAGGGCAGGGGAUGGCGGUGUCUUAGGAGUCGGAGGCUGGAUUAAGGCCGCCACUUCUGGAGGCCACCAAUGUCCUGAGUAG